AUGGCAACUGAAAUUACUCCACCAGGGAGUUUCCAAGAGCUUCCCCUGACGCUGCCGCUUACGAAAGAGAAAUUGUUGUCGAGGAGUGCUCAACGCGUGCUAAACUCUUUUAAGCUCCAUCGGGCAGGCCAGAGGCCACGAUUUUGGUGGCAGCACCAGCUCGCUUUAGACGAUUAUACAGAGGCUUUGCGUGCAAUAGAUGGUGACGAUCUUCUCAGAGGUUACGUUGAAGACAAAGUGAGGUACGACUACGAUCCUUGUCGUUCCUGUCUGACUAUCCGAAUGCCAAGUCCUCUCCACGAUGUUUUCUGUGCAAAGAUAGUGGAGGAGAUUUCAAGACAACUGAAGCAAUAUGCACAGAAAGAGAACCCCUGCGCUGAUUUCGCGAAAGAGGUUGAUCAUCUUGCCACCUCCCGAAUCAUGAUACCCGACGAGACAGGAGAUGGAAAGCAGAUGUUUUCCAGGCGGGAGCCAGACACAUCAUUCAAGCACCGGCGAGCACGCUACCCCGGUGUCAUUAUCGAGUACAUCCUGAACACAGAUGGGAGCGUGAAUGCGGUGGUUGCCCUUGAUAUUGAUUAUAAAGGGUCCAAGAAAGCGACUAUAACUGUUUGGCGACCGGAAUACACAACCUUGGAUGGCGCGGAGGAGCUUCAGGCGACUGCUAUGGUCGAGGCGCUGCCAUUUCGGACAGACUCUGGACUUCCAGCUGAGGAAACAGCGCUUCGACUGCCUUUGAGGGACUUCGCAACCGAGGAACUCUCACGGGGUGGAUUCGUUGUGAAGGACCUAUGCCUCCCGGACUGGGCGGCGUUGAGGGCUCGCAUUGCGCUUCAAGCAACAAUUUUCCUCUACUUUGUCUAA